GGAUUCAGCAGGCUAUAUAAAGAGAUCAACUUUUCUCACAACUUCUUCACAUUUGUUGGCGGUUUGCUACUCACUGUUUACACAGGGAUCUCAUGGUGUUAUACUCAAAAGUACUUAAGUCGAAACCCGGAGAUCAUCAACACACGGAGAGGAGCCUCUAACCCGCAGUAUUCCAACGAGAUUCGGAAAUGACAUCGUGCAGCCACCAAAUGCUGGCCUUGCUGUCAGCCGUUUAUAUUUUGAUCUUCUUCCUUGGGGGUCUACCAGCCGUCCACGCCAGAAGUGAUCAUGCGAGUGUCAAGCACUUCUGUGGAUUGGAAUUCUCCUACGCUGUGGUGACGGCUUGUGGGGAGGCUAAACGAUCAAUACGCUCGGCGCCCUUUUUUGACAUGUUUCCAGUUUUCAAAUCUCCAGAACGGAUACCAGCCGACUUCGACGAUUCAAGCAUGAUCCAUGUGCGAAAGAGGCAGGAUUACCAGGGAAUGGCCACCUAUUGCUGUACCAACGGAUGCACCAUUAGUCAACUAACCAACUCAGGAAUUUGCUGAGAGACCCCCGCCCCACCCAACCCUCACCCCC